GAUUUUGGGAUAAAAAGCAAGAAUAAAGAGUUUUCAUAAAAUAAAUUUUGGUAAAAGGGUGUUUUUUUGGAAGAGACAGUAAAAUCUGCAAUUGGUCCCAAAAAGCCAAUGAUUCGCGUAAAACGUGUAAGAACUUAUUUAUAAAUGUUUAAUUUGUCAUCAAAACCAUAAAUAAAAUGAAUCAUUGGCUUUUUGGGACCAAUUACAGAUUUUACUGUCUCUUCGAAAAAAACACAAUUUCACCUUUCUUAGAGCAAUCGUAUUGACUUUAUUUUUAUGCCAUUAGAUUCAGCUUCAAAAAAUACCUUGAAAACAUGUGUCAUAUGAUGAUAUUCGACAAACAAUUUUUUUCAGUACCUAUAUUUUUCACCUUCACCCCCUCCCUCUUGUCCGCGAAAAAACACCCUUCCACCUAACUUUUUUUUAUAGACUUUUUUUGUACUUGGUUCUUAUCCCAAAGCAAACUUUUUGCCAAGUUUCAUGAGUGUAACAAUUUUUUUUUUAAAUGCCUAUUUUACCUGUACUACUUCCCGAACUAUAGAAUUGAUAAAAGCUAUAUAAAGUUUUCUUUUAUUAACACCUUUUGUGUUUUUGAAUAAAAUUUUAUGUUUUUAUUAAAGUUGAUAUCUUCUGGUUUAUCGGUUCAUUUCUUCUUACUCUUUUGUGAUCUAAGUUUGCAGUGAACUUAUUUGUAUAUUUUCCUCCGUUACCCUAAUUUCCUUCUCAGACUUAUUCACUUUCCAAUUCCCAAGCCAAUAUUUCCGAAAUAAUGUCCACCAAUAUUCAACCAAAGCUUGUUGCUGUAGAAGAAUCUCAUCGAUUUAUGUUUGAUUGUUUUAAGGCCGCAAAGGUACCAGAUGAUCAUGCCCGUGCAAUGGCUGAUCUUCUUAUCGCAGCCGACCAUAGGGGCCACUUCAGCCAUGGAAUGAACCGACUAGAUAUGUAUCUUGACGACCUGGCGCUUAAUUGUACUAAUGGAUCUGCAGUACCGGAUAUUAUUAAGGAGACACCGGCUACAGCAUGGGUUGAUGGAAAGAAUGGUCUCGGAGCUGUUGUGGGUAACUACUGCAUGGACUUGGCAAUUAAAAAAGCUAAAACAGUGGGUGUUGGAUGGGUAUGUGCUAAGCGCUCUAAUCACUUCGGAAUAGCUGGGUGGUAUUCCAAACGGGCAAUGGAACACGGUUUAGUUGGCUUAUCAAUGACAAAUACCUCUCCUCUCAUGGCGCCAACUCGUUCUAAAGAAGUAGCAUUGGGCACCAAUCCUUUAGCGCUUGGUGCUCCAGCAAAAGAUGAUAAAUUUUUAUUGGACAUGGCUACCACAAGUGUGGCAUUUGGCAAAAUAGAAAUUCAAAUGAGAAAAGGUGAAUCUCUUCCCAAUGGCUGGGCUCAAGAUGCAGAAGGCAAAGAAACCCAAGAUGCUGACGUUGCAUUCAAAUCAGGAUGUCUUAUGCCUUUAGGAGGCUCGGAAAUAUCUUCCGGAUACAAGGGGUACGGAUUAGGAGCAAUGGUUGAUAUUCUUUGUGGAGUUAUGGCUGGUUCGAAUUAUUCAACGACAGUAAGAAAAUGGACAGAAAUUAGUGCAAAUACUGAAGCCGAUUUAGGUCAAGUUUUUAUUGCAGUGGAUCCUAAUUGUUUUGCUCCGGGCUUCGAAGAUAGAAUGGUUGAUUUUAAUGGAAGAUUAAGAGGAUGUACUCCGACUGAUCCUUCCAAGCCAGUUCUGGUACCUGGAGACAAGGAAGAUGCCAACAUGGACGCCGUUAAUCAAGCUGGUGGAAUUCAAUAUCUUGAAAACCAACUUAAAUGCUGUGAAGAACUUUCAAAAAAGCUGAAUGUUAAACCCUUGAGUUUUGUCUAAACAAAAUUGAGUAAUUUUAAAAGAAAAAUGCAUUUAAAAAUGUUAUUAGUUUUUUCUCCUAUUGCUGACGAUUACCAUUUGUCUUGUUCAAUAAUUGAAGCGACGUAGAUGAAGUCGUUAGAAAAAUGUUUAAACAUUUGUAUAAACAGCCUUUAGUUAGUUAAAAGUUAGAAAGAACUCAAAUUAAAAGCACCUAAUUCCACCUUUUGUCUUUUAAACGCGUUUAUUUUCCAGCUGCAAUUAGGACUGUUGAAUUGACUAUAAUUGAAAAUCAAAAACUGAAAUUUGCGCAUGUUUUGAAAAUUAAUUUCAGUGAAUGACCUUGAGAAGUUGUAAAAUAACACACGUCAUAUGAAUUAUUAGGAAC